UCAGAGCUACAACCAGAGCUACAUUUUGUUGCCUUUCUUGAACUAACGAAUAAUAGUAACAAAAAUGAAGUCUACACUUUUCAUUUGCUUUCUAAUUGGCCUCUUUCUUGGGAUUGAGGCCCGCUGUCUGCCACGCACUGGCAACAUGUGGCAGCAGCAGGACCUCUUCGAUGAUGCCACAACAAGCUGCAAUGCACCGCCAUUGCUGCACUCCUUUGCCACAUCAAGUGCAACUUUGGGGGCAGCACCCAAAAUAGUAUAUACUGAAAUCGAAAGCGAAACUCCAGCGGUUACCCUUACUAGCUACGUGUAUCAAUGGGUCAGCAGGCCGGCCAGCAUGGCAAACACUUGCAGCCAGCAGGCCCCCAAGAUUGAGCCGGAAUCAAAGCCGGAAUCAUCGUAUCCGGAAUGGGAAUGCAAGCAGGAGCUGAAACAGCAUGAGCUGUCCAAGCCGGAGGUGCCUAAGCGUCAUACUGGGACACUGACAGCCAGUGAAAUGUAAGCGGUUAGGCUGGGUAUUUGUAAGAGAUUAAGGAACUCUCUUCAGGAUGUAAGGGUUGAGGUUGUAACCCAAAUACCAAUUUAAUUUAUAUUGUUUCCUAACUUUAAAUUUAAUUAAACUUUGCUUGUUCUUGUUGCAUUUAAGAUCA